AUGCCAGGUCAUCAGUUACUGCGGGAUUCGGUGGUUUUGGGUCUCGCUGGCGGCAAUGAUCGGAUUGAUCGUACUGCUCUUAUCGCUACAAUUGGACAGAUUGUUCCUGUGUCGGAAAUUGAUUCAAUAGAGAAUUUGGGUAAUUUCUCGGAGUGGUUCGUGAUGUUCAAAACAACAGCUGCAAGAGAGAAAGUUCUUGCCUUUAGUGAACUUAAAGUUGGCGAUCAGACCUUCAUCGUCGGUGAACCCUAUCAAAACGUGAAAACUAUUCGCAUUCUUAACAUUCCUCCAAC